AUGGACGACAUUAAAGGGUACAAGGAAUACCGGGUAUCCGGCAAGGUCGCGGGCAAGACUUGUUUCAAGACAUUCUUGCCUCUCGUAAGCGAAGAGAAACGAACGAAGCCCUUGCCGUUCAAGCAUCCAGUCGUCUCCACUGCGAAUCAGAUAUGCACCGAGAAUGGUUUAUUGCUCAGCACGGCUUUUGAGGAGCCCGUUCCGAACGGUGUGUAUUAUGGUUUUAUCGAAAAUGGUAUGGAAGCAACGAUCAAGUUUGAUGGAAAGUCGCGAGUUCAGCAUGUCGGGAUCAAUGGUACCGAUCGAGGACGCUACAACAAGGUGACCUUCAAUAUGAUCGGAAAGGCGAUACACUGCAUGUUUGGUUCGAGAGAAAGAUCUGCAACAGCUGAGCUGAUUCUUGAACCUAUUGACGUUACCAAGUUCGAUGGUUCCCGGAGGAGUUUUUCGAGUGCUCGACUGAACACUGUGAUCGGACAGCCGUUCAACAGCAACGAACUGCGAGUCAUACUCGGCAUACGCAAAACUAACAAGCUCAAGGCUAUUGGCUCCCAGAUCGCGACGGGCGUGAAAUCGCUCGUAAGACCAGGAUCUGCGUUGCGCAUGAAAAAUGGGCUGGCCGCAGAAGGUAUUGCAGAUGCGUAA